GUUGGACUCUGCGCGGGUUUCAAUCAUGUGACAUGCGCACUCGGCCCCGUUUUUUAGUUUUGUUAUGACAAGUCGAGGCCUCGGACUAAAUUAGGAGCGGAACCCCAGUGUCUGCUCGGGCGAUUCCGUUAUGGAGAGCAUGGACCUGGACCUGGACCAGGAGCUCAUGCAGAAGUUCAGCUGCAUGGGGACCACGGACAAAGAUAUUUUGAUAUCGGAGUUUCAGAGGCUUCUCGGCUUUCAGCUAAACCCCGCCGGCUGCGCCUUCUUUCUGGACAUGACCAACUGGAAUUUACAGGCUGCUAUUGGAGCUUACUACGACUUUGAAAGUCCCAAUAUCAGUGCGCCGGGCAUGUCCUUUGUGAAGGAUGUAACCAUCGGCGAGGGGGAAUCUGUUCCACCUGACACAACCUUUACGAAGACCUGGAGGAUACAGAACACAGGUGCAGAGUCGUGGCCUCCGGGUGUCUGUCUGAAGUACGUGGGAGGAGACCAGUUCGGACACGUGAACAUGGUGAUGGUGCGCUCUCUGGAUCCCCAGGAAAUGACGGAUGUCAGUGUACAGAUGCACAGCCCAGUUUCCCCUGGCAUGUACCAGGGUCAGUGGAGAAUGUGCACAGCAACAGGACUCUACUAUGGAGACGUCAUCUGGGUGAUCCUGAGCGUGGAGGUUGGAGGACUCCUUGGCGUUACGCAGCAGCUGUCCUCCUUCCAAGCGGAGUUCAACACCCAGCCUCACCGCAGCCUGGAGGGUGACUACAACCCCUUCGCCUCGCCACAGAAAAGCAAGUGCCCCAGCAGCAGCAACAACAAUCACCUGAACAGUGACAGCAGCCAUAGAGGCGCAGAGGAGCGCUGGCAGGAGGGCCCACACCAGCUGCAGCAGGACCAGAACGGACUUUCAAACAACUCUGUGGAUUUAGUAGCAAAUAGUCUACAAAGCAAUCUGUCUAUAGUCUCUUGUAACCAGAUCCAGGAGCCCUCUCCUUUUGGGCACUCUUAAACCAAGGGACUUCUCACACUAAAGCAGCACUAAAUCGUACCUCUGGAACCUGUCACAACUAUAAUAAUAAUAAAAAAAAACAACCAAGUGGCUUUAUGAUGGAAAUAGUUGAGAUCAAAAACACUUUCUUUCUGCUACAUUUUGAGAUGCCAGGAGGCGACGUGCAGCUGAACGAACAUCCCACACCCACUGUAUGCACGUAUGAAUGCUAAGUUAAAACAAAACGAGUGCAAAGAGUGACCUGUUAAUAUUAUUGUUUUUUUCUUUCUUUUUAUUUGUUCUUAGCUGACAGAGUGUGCAUGGAACCGUGGUAGCAGGGGUGUGAGUUUAAGAGCUGUGUGUAGAUGUGCGUGCAUUGUGACACCUGGAAAAAGAGACUUUGGAUUUAAAGCCAUUUAUGUUUUUGCCAACGGAUUCUUCAAUUUCUGCUCAGAAUCUUUGUUCAGCAUUUUUUUUUUCCUUUUUAAUCACUGGAAACCUUAUAAGGGGUAUUCUUUGAAACCUAAACCCCUGUGUUUUUGUUUUUUUUUGUUUUGUUUUUAAAUCAAUCAACACUUUCCAGGAUCUCGAGGAUUUUUUUUGUUCGUUUCCACAGGAUAUUCAUGUCUUUUCACACUACUUUUACUUUAAAAAAAAAAAAAAACUUUUUUCACCUGAAUUUCAAUACUGACGAGAUGUUAGAAUCAUUUGCAUGAAUUGGUCAUUAUAGCAGUAAAAGUGUCAACAGUCAUGUCACACAGUUCUAGCGUACGUUUCAAUUUUCUGUGUUUAGAUGAUUUCCCUGCUCUGUCAGUCACAUUAUUUGAUGAAACUUUUGCCGAUAUUCACACGGUGAACGUCGGUCUGUAAGGUAUUGAACCAGCUGCCUUUGUGAAGAGAAUCCAAGACAAGUAUUUCAUAUUUGUCUGAUUUGAAAUCAAGAUAAAACAACACUGAAGUCGAGAUAUACACAUCUGUAAAGAGAUUACUUCAUGGAAACAGAAAUGCGUCUUUCUGCACUGAAUUUUUCUUUCCUUGUUAUGAAUUCAACAUUUAAUGAAUGUAUCUGAGAAAUCUCAUUGAUCUAUUCAUACACCCAAAGAAUCCAAAUUAAAACCUUUUAACUGACCUGGUACCUGGAAGUUUAAAUGAGUGAUCUGCGUUCUGCUCCUUCUGACGCUUUUUGCAAACAACUUUUAAAGAUUCAGUGAUGCUGCAGCCUGAAAGGAUCAUGAUUCUGUUCACAGCAACACCUCCAGUAAUGGUUCUUAUUAAAAUGGUCUGAUCUGAGCAGGAAAUGUACGCACCCUUCAUAACGAGAGCUGUCUCAGCAUUUGCAACUGCUUGAUUUGGGUAUUUUUCAGUCCUGAGCAUAUAUUUUUAUUUUAUUUUUUUUAAAUAAAGCUGUAAAUUCUCAGGGUGCUAAGCCAUGACGGGAUGAUGACGACAGCUGAUCACACAAGAGUCCACGGGCUCUAUAUCUGUGCAUGUUACCCUCUGUCAUCCCAGGUACCGACUGUCUGUCUGUCGAGUGUUUGUUGUUUAAAACCCAGAGUUUCCAGUGGCAAUGUGGAAUGAAUCAGUUAGCAUUGACUCUUACAGCAGCAGCACAUGUAUGCAAGUGAGGUGGUGUGAACAUUGAAUGCUACUCUGUAUUUUUAAUGAAUGUUUGUAUGAUUAAAUUAUCACUGAAAGUGGAAAAAUA